CAAUGGAACAGUGUUCACAACUGUGAUACUUACUUCUCUACAACUUCAACCUCGGGUGAGUCCAUCUUUUCCAUGAAUAGAUUGAGGGGAAACUCAGGAGAGAACAGAGAGGAAAGGGAAGCUUUGGAGGACAGUGAGGGCAUCCCUGCCUGUCAAAGGUAAAGCGUGAGUGAGUGAGCAACACAGACUUAAUAUGCCUGGUCCUCCACCCCCACCAGCACCCCCUCCUCCAACCUUUGCUUUGGCGAAUACUGAGAAACCAUCCCUGUCCAGAACUGAGCAACAUGGCAGAAAUGCUUUACUCUCAGAUAUCAACAAAGGCACCCGCCUGAAAAAAACUGUCACCAAUGACCGCAGUGCUCCAGUCCUUGAUAAGCCCAAAGGGGGUGGGGCUUCUGGUGGAGGUGGUGGUGGUGGUGGUGGUGGUUUAGGAGGUGGAGCUCCAGGUGGACUUGGGGGGCUGUUCCAGGGUGGGAUGCCAAGACUAAAAUCUGCAGGAGGUGGCCCUGCAAGGCCACCCAUGCCACCCACCAGUGGGAGAUUCCCAGCACCAAGUGGAGGAGCGCCUCCUCGUCUCCCUGACACUCCUUCUGGGCGAUCGAACAUGAGCAGGGGCAGUGUUCCACCUGUGCCUUCCUCUACAUCUGCCUCGUCACGCAGUCCAAAUACUGGUGGCCCUCCACCUUUGCCAGGAGGUCGAUUCCCAAGCUCCCCUUCUACACCACCAACACUGCCAGGAGGUCGAUUCCCAAGUUCCCCUUCUACACCACCAACACUGCCAGGUCGGCGCCCCAGCACUCCUGCAAAUCCUGCUCCCCCUGGCCGCCAAACAUCUUUACCACCACCACCUGUUCCCUCUAGUGCCCGUCCAUCUUCUAACACAUUUUCCUCUGGAUCCUCAAAUGAUUUUCCCCCUCCACCACCACCAGUAGGAGGAAACAGGUCAUCGUUACUGCCACCUCCUGUUCCCUCUAGUGCCCGGCCACAUUUUUCCACAGGCGACUCAGAUGAUUUUCCCCCUCCUCCACCAUCCAUAGGAGGACAUGGGGCAUCUUUUUCAGCACCUCCAGUUCCGCCUAGUAGCCACCCUCCACUUCCUACACCUCCUUCUGGAUCAGAUGAUUUUCCUCCUCCACCACCACCUGUAGGAGGAAGUAGAGCAUCAUUUUCUGGUAGUGGGUCUCCACUGCCACCACCACCCCCAUCAGGAAGUAAACCAGGACCAAGAUCUAUGGGCGGUGCCCCACCACCACUCCCUUCAGGUAGAGGAGACCUGCCACCGCUACCCCCUACACCAGCAAAGGAGCCAACCAAUACAACUCCUCAUAGAAAUUCUUUUAGUAACCCGCCACCUGUCCCACGACCUGGAGGGUCUGCCCCGCCACCACCUCCACCCAGUUCAAGACCUCCACCAGCAGGAAGAUCCCCAUCUAUACGAUCUAGUCCUCUUCCACCUCCCCCUGCAGGGGACAGCAGAGGAGGUACUCCACCUGCACCUCCUCCUAAUCACCCUAGUGGUAGUCGAGGAGCUGGCAGACCUCCCCUUCCCCCAGAUAGGCCUGGGGCAGGAGGGUUGCCUCCUCCCCCUCCCCCUUCCAUGGGCAAUGGCAACCAGAGCUCACCUCAAAACAGCACAGAUGAAUGGGAGAUGAGGUUUUCCUUCCAUGCAGUUUCUGAGCUGCCCCCACCUGAGCCUUACAUUUCCAUCCCUAAGACCUACCCCAGCAAGGCUGGUAAGACUGAUGGCAAAGCAGGGUCAUUACCGAGGGAAAGAGGAGCUCCUCCACUGCCUCCAAUACCCAGAUAAACAAAAAUCAGUCAUGCCACUGCUGUAUUACUAUUCACUUCUUAAGCACAGCUUCAAAUUUCUUUUUCUGAAUGUUGCUGAGAGUUUUAAAUUCCACAUGUGAGAGAGAGUGUGUGAACUUUUUUUGAGUAUAUUACAUUUUUAAUAAAGACAAAUUAGAACACAAACAGAGAUUGAAAUAACAUUUUAUGUUCUAUUGUUAUUGCUGAAAAGGCUAAAAUAAAACACCUUUUAUAAGA